AUGGACAUCUUCAUGUGCAACCUACCCAUGUCCUUGACCCCCAACCAGCUCAAAAUCCGCAUUGCGACAGAGCUACACUCUCCCGACUUCGGUCGUCGUACUGCGGGUAACAAUCCUAUCAAUUUUGAAGUUCGCAUAUCUAACAAAAAAGGGCGUGCUCCGGUGGGUUUCCUAACCGUGCCUACGAUAGAGAUCGGUCAAGAAUUUCUAGAGGAAUACGGGGGUAAUACGUCUCAGAAACCCAUUGUUAUUGGUGGUUCCAGGAUCAAAUUCCUUCCAGGCAAACGAGAAGCGAAGGAGGACGUCCUAGAGAUGAUUAGGCGCCUCCCAUAUAUCGAUCCUAGGAUGAUCGAGGAGAGGGAUGCCCAAGCCAAUGAAUUACAGUCUCAUGCAGUCUCUGUCAGUACGCUCCAAUUUGGAUGGGUGUGCAGAGAUAACAUUUUCUCCAUCGAAUGGGAGAAGCAAUGCGCUAUCAGGGGCAGUAUGGCUUACAACGAAGACAGACGCGAAUUUCGCAUCAAGGUACCGGACGUCAAACAGAGUCGUAUAAUUGCGAUUCGUGCCGCACAGGUUUACUGGCUUGGUGCUGCUCCUGAUGGCACGCGCGAUGGCAUGCGUAUGCCGGUUCUAUUCUUCCACCUCAACCACCCUCCUUCCUUCGAAAUCGAGCCUGACCAGUCAGAACUCAUUGCGUUGCUUGCCAAUCUAUUCACGCGAGCAAAUGCGCCCACCCGCCAUCGUUGGACAUCAUUCGACGACACACACGCUGAGAUCGCCCCCUACACGUCUCUCGCGCUUCGCAUUGUUUGCACCUCACAGGCGGAUCUGGAUACCUUCCAAUAUUUUCGUGACAUCGCACACAUGACGUGCCACGAUUACACCUAUUCCGUCCAGAAGAGAGACCUAUUCUCUUCCACCGUUCGCCACAUGUAUAGUUCAUGGAUUGCAGAUUUAGACUGGAAGGUGGCAUUUCAAGUUGAAGCGCUGUCACGCAGCUAUCUCAUCGACAUGAAGGAGCUCCUGAGCCUGCGGCCGCGCAUCGAGCAGAUGGUCGAGGCAAGAGGGACCGCAAUGACAAGCACUUUCCUUCGCGACUUCGGCUCCGAACUGAAAGCAACGUUAUGGUAUGGAGAUGGGUCUGAGAUACCGGUAGACGCGGUGGAACAGUUCUUCUCUCGAUCAUGGAGGAGAUACUUGCAGAGUCCGAUUGCGCCGAUCCAACCUAUCUCGACUGACAACUUUGAAUGCCUUCGUGUCAUCGUUACCCCGACAACAUCCUAUCUCGAGGGUCCGUUUCCGGAGCGAUCGAACAGAGUAAUGCGCCGAUAUGUUGCCAACCAGGACAGUUUCCUCCGCGUCAGUUUCGUUGACGAGACGAGACUCACUCACCGGUUUGAUCGUGAGGUUGACGGUCGGACCUUCAUUAAUCGUACCGUCAAGCACCUCCUCGUCCACGGCAUGACUGUUGCUGGUCGACACUUCGACUUCCUUGCAUAUUCACAAUCUGCGUUGAAAGAACAUUCGGUGUGGUUCGUCAAAGAAUUCGUGCAUAUCGAUGGCACCACAGUCAAUGCUACAACCAUUCGGAAGAGCCUGGGAUCGUUUCGGGACUUAGCCUUCGACCCACAGUUGAUAUACUGUCCUGCACGAUAUGCCGCGCGGAUGUCACAAGCAUUCACCACAACAGAUUCCUCAAUUGCAAUUGAACCGGAGGAGGUCAUGCCCUUGGAUGACGUCAUGGACAGCGAGGAUAGGUACUGUUUCACGGACGGAGUCGGCACACUUUCAGCAGAGCUUGCUAGGGAGAUUUGGAUGGAACUAAGAUUGAAGCGGCGGCGUGCUCGACGUACAAAAACAUAUCCUCGUUUAUUCCAAAUUCGGUUCAUGGGAUCCAAGGGCAUGCUUAGUGUCGAUUACACGCUCAAGGGCCGCAGCAUAUGUCUGCGUCCAUCUAUGAUCAAGUUCGACUCCCCCAACUCGAUGGAAGUCGAAAUUGCAAGGGCAUUUGACAAACCGGGUCCAUACUAUCUUAACCGGCCGCUGAUAAUGCUCUUGGAAGGGCUUGGAGUACCGUACGAGGUCUUCCUAGCCCUCCAAGAGGAUGCAGUACGCAGAGCACAAGGUGCGGUGAAGUCUCUCGAGCUAUCAGCACGCUUGCUGGAGGCGUAUGGUCUUGGAGCAUCCUAUCGACUAACUUCUACCAUGCUGCAUCUUCAUCGGCUUAGUAUUGGGCCUCUCAAGAAGGACAUCUUCUGGCAGCAAAUGAUGGAUUUCGCUGUCAAUCAUGUCCUCAGAGAGCUCAAACAUCAUGCUCGGAUCCCGGUUCCCCAAGGGUGGACCGUGGUUGGAGUAGCUGAUGUGCACGGCUACCUAGAAGAAGGGCAGAUAUUUGUUUGCAUUGAUAGUCAAGACCAGAACGAGCCAUUCUAUCUCGAAGGUCCCGUUUUGAUAUCGCGGUCACCCACCAUUCAUCCCGGAGAUGUGCAGAUUGUGCACGCAAUCGGUAGACCGCCUCCUGGCUCCCCGUUCCAGAAGGAGUCAUUGCCCAACAGUGUCGUGUUCUCAAUCAAAGGUGCUCGUCCUCUGCCGUCUUGCCUUGGAGGCGGUGACUUAGACGGCGAUGUGUACAAUGUCACAACAAUGCCGGAUCUUCAUCCACGACGUACAUAUGCGGCGGCCUCAUAUGACCCAGCGAAGAGAAAGACCGUGGACCACGAGAGCACGAUCGAAGACGUCGCAGAUUUCGUUGCGGAGUACAUUAACAGCGACACCUUAGGAAUUAUUGCUAUAAACUGGCUCAUCAUUGCAGACCAGAGCAGUCAAGGAAUCUUGGAUCCUGACUGCUUGCGACUCGCACAACUGCAUAGCGAUGCCGUCGACUAUCCCAAGAGCGGAAACCCCGUCCCUCUUGAUAGGAUCCCGCAACUCAAAUUCCGAGCGAAACCCGACUGGAAUGCGCCGGAAACUCUAGUCAGAGAAUCUCCCAGGUAUUACGAAAGCAACAGAGCCAUUGGGCGGUUGUUCCGUGAAAUCGAGUUGCCUGCACUGAGGACUGCUACCAAAGCGUCACGAGCACAACGUCGACAUCUAAAAGACGGGCAGGAGUUUGACCUGGCGGAUAUUGUCCAGGAGUUCCAAUCGUAUGAACCACGCGAGGACAACUACGUGCAGCUCACGGUUGAGCACCGUAUAUCGGAGUACAUCCCGAUUCCUGAGGAUGUCGACGUCGAGGAGUCCCUGAUAGAGACUAUGUGGGAGCUAUUUCGAUCUUAUUCGGCUCAGCUCCGCACGAUAUGCGCUGAUCACACGCUCUCGUAUUCUCGCGACGCUAUGCUCACGGAAGAGGAGGCGGUCGUGGGUACAAUUGUCGCCAGGUCAUCACAACCACGGAGACGCAAGGAUAUGAUGUCCCAGCUGAGGGAACAGACGGCAAGCCUCGUCGAGAGCGUUCGAGCUGGCAUAUCGGGCGACGACGACACCCCUUCCGAAGAGUCCUUGUUGCGAGCGUGGAUCGCGUACAAGGUCGCUCUCAUUCAGGACGACUAUUUCGGGGCUCGCAGUUUCGCUUGGAUAGCUCUUGGCGAGGCAUUCGAUGCGAUCAAAGAUAUAGAGCAGGAGGAUCAGAGGCUUUUGAGGUGA